AGCCAUAGUUUUCAGUUUUUUUUUUGUGAAAGGAGAACUAGAAAUGAUUGAUUCCUGCCGAUCAGAAAUUCAUGAUGAAAAUUAAAUUUUUGUAGGCCACUGAAUGAAUUCCAGUGUUGGAAUGCAUGCUUCCUCGCCCCGUUGUUCUUCCAGAACGCCUUCUUGACACGUCUUCAGUGUCAGAGCUGCUCGCGAUGGCGGCAUAUGCAGAGUGCCGCUCUGAACUCGACCGUCUGGGUUACUCUGAAGUGCUGCCUCCAGCUGCCCUGCCUCUGGUGCUGCAUAUGCUCAGAGAUUUUAAUCUUCUGCAUGACCAACUGCACGCUUCUGAGCUGAGGUCGGGGCAGCAGUCCGGUGUUGCUCACCCCACAGCGGCGCAGGGGCGGCGCCCCAUGGAGCGCGUGACGGACCACGACAUCGACACGAACGAGCUGCACACGGACGACGCAAAGGCGGCCGGCGGCGUCGCGUCCACCGUCCACCCGACCAUGGCUGGCCAGCGCUGCCUUCAGUGCGGCUGUCACGGUGGUGCUGGCAGAGCAGAGCAGCUGCAGCACGUGUGUGCUGCGCUCAAGGAACAGGUGUGUUAUCUUCCUCAUCAAUUAAUUAACUCAACGUGCGCACAGGACGCGCAUGACGCACAGCAGCGUGCGGCGGUGCUGGAGGAGCAGCUGCGUCAUGCGUCCUACGCAAACGUGCAGCUUGAGGCUGACGCAUGCAACGCGUCAUGCGCACUCACGCACACCGUCGCCUGCGCUAAGGAUAAACUGGACUGCGCUGAGAGUGACCUGGACAAGCAGCAGCGCCUCUACCUCCUCAUGCGGCGCGAGCGCGACAAGCUUCUCGCCGAUAUUAUUCAGGUGCGUCACGAGAACUCCCGCCUGACUCACCAGCACGGGCGACUAGUGGACGAACACAAGCCACUAGCAGAGCAGUGCAGCGCUCUGCACCAUGAGAAGAAGCAGCUACUGGAUAAGAUUAAUACCCUAACUCUGCACGCGGAGGAGCGAUCGAACUCUGUAGCGCGGCUACGCGCGGAACAGGACGUGGCGCAGGCGUCGCUGGAGCGCCUCGAGCGCGAGAACAAAAACCUCAUCGCCGCUAACUCCCAACUUACGCUGCAGAACAAAGACUUGGAUCAAACCAAAACUGCGUUGGGAGACGAGAGGUCGGAGCUAGCAGCGCAGCGAGAUGCCCUGAAGGAAGAGGUCUCGCGGCUGUCAGGGUUGGUGAAGGAGGCGCAGCAGGAGGCAGGCUACCACCAGGGCGAGGCGGCGACCCUGCAGCAACGCACAGACGACCUCCAGCACCAGCUCGCCGAGACCUGCGACGCCAAAGCCGUCUUGGAGCAGCGCCUGGAGGACGUGGGGCAGCAGCGCGCGUCCGCCCUGGACGAGCUGCGCGCGGCGACUGAGCGCCUCGCGGUUACCCGCCACCGAUGCCAGGACCUGGAGGCCAGCGUGCUGCUGGCACGUCGUGAGCAGCAGGCGGUGCAGGCGGAGGCGCAGCAGUACCAGGAGCAGGUGCAGGAGCUGCUGCAGAUGCUGCACGGGGAAAGCGGCCGUGUGUCGCCGCUGGAUGCUUCUGAUGAGGAUGCACUGCGACGCGUCCGUCAAGAACGCGACGUCCUGCGUCACGAGUUGCGUUUCUACAAAUCCCAACUGAACGCCGCCCAACGCGACCGCGAAAACGAAGCAAGACGCCGGCGACAAGCCGCCGAUGCCCAAGAAAACGCGGCCCAGCGUCCUUUUGGCUCCGACGUUCAAUUAACGAACUGCGCGAGUGGAACUUUUGCUGGACAAGCUACUGAUGGUGAAAUGGGUGCUGGUCGCAUGAAUGGAUAUGACAGUAGAAUGCAGGACGCUUCAGGAACUUCAGCUUUGGAUGGAGGGUAUAGAGCGUCAGGGUCUCCUAGCCAACACAGAGCUUUCACUGACGCUGGACAAGGUUAUGAGCAACUUGCUUCUGGCUCGAAAGGUUCUGUUGCUGGGGACGUCCAAGCGUCGUCUGCUGCUGGGUUCCCAGCCCCGCCUGCUGCUGGAUUGCCAGGAGCUCCUGGGACAUCUGGUCCUCCCAGCCGCCCUCUGAGCGCGACGGGCCGCGGGCUGCAAGGGAUCCUGCGGUCAUCGUCACGAGGUUCUCGAUCUUUGGUGUCAGCGGAAGGGUCCCUUAACGCCAGCCCUCCUAGUGGGGUAGCUGAUGGUGCUGGUAGUUUUACCGGCCGAGAUGAUAGCUUGGUCGGUGUAGUUGACGGUGCCAUGGUAGCUCAUGACGGUGACGAGGCAUCGAGACUGCGGAUUCCCACGACCAAUGGAUUACAGAUCCCAGCUUCGAUUGCUCGUGCCAGCCUUGCUUCCCUUGCUCCACCACCCGGCCGUGCGACCGCCUCUUCUGCUGCUGGUAUUGCUAGCUCCUCCCUUGAUCCUCUUCAUGGUCCUGCUCAUGGUCCUCCCCAUAGUCCUCCUCAUGGUCCCGCCUCUGCUAGGUCUUCGCCAGCAGCGCCGACUCUUGACUCGGUGGCUUCUUCUUCGCCUGAGGCGCUCGCUACUUCGGGACGUGGUGUGGGGCGAACGGUGACAGUAGCAGAGCCUCCCUACGCUGCUGCAGGCGCUAACGAUGGUCUGCAGGCACAGGAUCUGGGCCAGACUGUACGGCAGUUGGAGGCGCAAGUGUCAGGGUUGGAGCAGCAGCUGAGCGCUGCCCUCCAGGAGAAGGAGUUCUUCCAGCGCCAGUACAGCGCCCUGAAGAACUCCAGCGCUGCUGCUGCUCAGGUGACGGCAGGUUGUGGGCUUUUCAUCUACUGA